AUGUCUGUCCUCAUCUCCUAUCAGGGAACCCACUUGGAUAUUCCUUACGCACCAGCAGAAGAGUCCCAUGAGGAUGAUGAAGAUUAUGGAUCACACAGCAGUAACACCACAGGACUAGACGCUCUCUCAGAGACAACAAUCUCUCUUCCCCGGUCCGACUCGCCUUUACCUUCGUUUGAACAAGUCAUGCAGGAACAGAGAUCACUCAUGGUGGACUUUACCCCCAUUGUCUCAGUGAAGUACACGAAGAGCACGCGGGUCAAAAAGAUGACCACUGCUCUAGUGCGUCACAUGGUAGUGUCGGAGACAAGGGCUCAAACGAACGAGACUCUGGUCCAAUGGGAUCUCUUGUCGGGUCGAUCCAAGCCUGUUGAAGGGCCCGUUUCUGCAAUCUCCAAUCCGGUCUCUAUCCAAGCCUCCACUCACAAGUACUCGCUUCACUGCUCUCUUCCUGCUGGGCUUCCUGAAACUGCUUCCCACAACUCCAACAAACUGUGGUACACUCUUGACACCCAGGUGAGCUGCCAAAAGCGGUUACAUUCAAACUGCGGCCUCAUUGAGCAUUCCCAGGAGAUUGUCAUAGCCCGAGGCAGAAAGAUAGACGACCAGACUCUUCUCCCCGUCAAUGUCUCGGCUCCCUGGCUCAACAAGCUCAGAUUCGUUGUUUCUUACCCGCAGAAAGACAUUUCUCUAAACGAAGAUACCGAGAUCCCCGUCAAGAUCACCACGACCCUGUUUGAGAAGCCCAUUCGACUCAACUCCGUCAAGAUCUCCGUGACCCAAACCUGCAAUUCAAACGCCAAUGACACGCAGAAAACUGGACUCCUCACCGUGUAUUCCAACCGAUACGCAGAUUCGGACGAUGUAGAGCAUGACGAAAUAGAACUCCAGCAAGCCAGGGAAGAAGGGUUCGACGUGAAGGAAAACUUUUUCGACUCCAUCCAUAGAGGCAAUCUUCUCAUCCCCGGAGCCGAAGAGACAGUGCUGGAUUACUCGCUGAAGUUGAAUUCCCGGAUCAUUGACAAAUUAUCCGCAUCAACCUCCCGCACCCACCCUCUUCACGUGGUGCACAAGAUAUACGUGUCGCUGCGCUUCUCACAAUUGGAUAUGACCAACCAGCCCAAUCAGAAGUCCCGAAGGUACGUGGACCUGUCUCUGUCUGCGCCUUUGGUGUUCUCCAGAGCGCGGUCAGUCUUCGGAACCGCUCAGGUGGACGCUUGCUCUAACCUCGUGCCGUUCGAAUAUGAAGACUUUUUGCUGUGCGAGUACCCCCUGUUAAAGAAUACAAACAUGGUCUUCAAAAACGAUUACGCCGAUGACUCUGCUCCUUCCUACGAGUCUCUAGCACCCCCAGAUUACGAGGCGAUCGACUCAAAAUGGGAAACCAAGGCGGAUACCAGGGGAAAGACUGGUUGCAUGGCUCGAAGUGGAUGUGUGGACCAAGGUGAAAUGAGGAACACGAGAUGUCGGUGGUUUAGACGAACCAUGCAUUAA